AUGGCCAGUAACACAGCGCUGGAGGAGGCUAAGAUCUUCACAGAAGCCAGAAGAGCCCUGGGGCUGGAGGGCGCAAAGCUGAUCAAUUGGGUGAAUGAUAAGCUGAAGGAAGCAGCCCAAGAGAGAGCAGCCGAACGGGAGAAAGAGAAGGAAGCACAAGAAAGAAGAGAAGCAGCUGAGAGGGAAGCACAUGAGAAGAGAGAAGCAGCAGAGAGGGAAGCACAAGAGAAAAGAGAAGCAGCUGAAAGAGAAUUCCAAGCAGCUGAAAGGAGAAAAGAAAGAGCACAUGAACUGGCUAUGGCAGUCCAGAGUGCCACUCUGGCACCACCGAGUCCCCGCGCCCCCUGCGCCCUCUCACCUCCAAAGCAUGGGCGGCCUCAUUAG